CGUGAAGACCUGGCCUUCCUGGCGGUCGCGCUCAACAGCGCCGGCCACUGCAUGUACCACGGCUCCGUCUACAUCCUCCGUCGAGGAGACUACUACACCGUGGCCUCGCUCUGGUCCUGGGUGGGCGAUAUCAUCAGCUCCUCCUUCCUGCAAGGUUCUGUCAGGCUGAGCUUCAUUCUCCUCAGAGCCUGCGCCACGGCCUUCGGCCUCUACCACCUCCCCUGCAGCGAGGCUUCGUUGGUUCUGCGGUGCGCGUGCGUUGAGCUGACGGGCACCAAGGCCGCCUUCUUCGGCGCCCUCUGGAUCGGCAUCCUCUGCUGCACCGCGUCCCAGGCGGCCGCGGCGGCGCUGGCGCUGCUGCUCCCGCGCCGCCACCGCCGGGUCAGCCGUGAACUGGUCUCCCUCGCGCUCGUGCUCGCCACCGCCGGCCACAGCAUGUACAACGGCGCCGUCUAUCUCCUCCGCUCAGAAUACUAG